AUAAUCAAUGAGAGAAGAUGAAAUGGUAAAUCUUCAUAGGCUCUAAAUAUCUCCUAGCGAUAUGAGGUCUCCGAACUCUUGUAUUGCAUAUGACGGCCUUUAUCAAUAAGUAAAGCGUUACUUAUUCAUAGUAAGUUUCGCAUCACGUACUGUCGUACACUACAGUCCCUUGUUCAAACUGAAAAGUUGUUCCCGACAUGACUUGCGGUAUUAGUAUUAUGACGUAGGGGAAUCGAAACAAGAUGGCGGCCUCACUUCUGAAGGAAAUAUCCAACGACUUUCUCGAGUGUCAGAUCUGUUUGCAACCCUUCCGUGCGCCUAAAAUACUUCCAUGUCUGCACACCUUUUGCAAAGAAUGCCUGGCGGAAUAUACGAAGGCCCACAGUGUCGAAGACGACCAAAUAGAGUGCCCAACCUGCAGAUGCAAGUCACCACUUCCGGGUGGCAAAGUGGACGGUCUAAAGGACAACUUCUUCGUCGAAAGUUUGAAGGAUACCGUUAACCUUCACAAGACUUUGCAUUCUGAAGGACAAGACAUCGUCUGCAGCAACCCUUAUUGCGACUCAAAGGGUCCUGCUACUUCUCGGUGUUUAAACUGUGACGAACUCUUGUGUGACGAGUGUGUAGCAGCUCACUCGCGGAUCAAAGUGACUAGAAACCAUACAGUUUUAGGGCUGGAUGAGCUGAGGGGAGAGGGACAGGCAUUAAAUGUGCGAAACGGACAGGAGCACACUUGCAGUGAGCACACAGACGAGGUCCUCAAAUUCUUCUGCGAAACGUGCCAGGUACCGAUGUGUCGCGAUUGCGCACUGCUCAAACACAGAGAACAUUCCUUCACACAUCUUAAGGAACACAGUGCCUUGGUGAGGGCUGAAGUGCAAGGUCAAAUCGACAAGGUCAAAUCAAAAGCAAGUGACUACCGCGCAUUGUGCUAUCAGCUGCAAAAUCAGCUCGAGGACGAAAUACAGGCAGAAAAAGACAUCGACUUUCAAAUAGUUGACGCAGCCUCCAAGCUGAAGAAAAUCAUCAUUUCGGAAGUAGACAAAGAGAAAGAAACUCUCCAAGCAAAAAACAGGAACAUUUCAGCUUUUCGGCAAAAACUGUUGUUGCCUGAAAAAGAUGGCGCCGGAAGCAAGCUCGCCUACCUUGGAAGUACCGUAGAGUUUGCAGAGAAACUUCUAUCGUAUGGAAGUGACUACGAAAUCACUGUCGUUGGGUCUGAUACCAAGAAACGACUGGAAACUCUUGAAGCAGAGAGUGUCCCAAGUGUUGGCCAAAUGCCCCCUCGGACCUUCGACGAGAACACCAAGAUGCCAUCCUUCACUUUAGGGUCCGUCCAUGGAGAUAUUGAGGCAUGUGAACUUAAACUCCCCUGUGGCCACGUUUGCGGAGACAAGCAUCUUGUAGGCCUCUGCAAGACGUCCUGUUUUGUUCAAAUCAAACUGAAAUGUGGUCACCUACUGGGCCCGUGUUACGAAGUUGGGAACGUGGCUGUCAACAAGAUUAGCUGUGCUAGAGCUCACCAGCUUUGA